AUGCUGAUAACACAAGAAACAUAUUCCACCCACCCAGGUCCUCCAACCAUCAUCACUGCCCCUCGUAACCAAACGGUUGAGGUUACGAAGUCCGCCAUGUUCGUUUGCAAAGUUAGCGGCUCUCCCACUCCCACCGUCCUCUGGUUUAAGAACAACAAGCUCAUGGACAACAGCAGCAAGUACACUAUAACAACCUUCCCGCAAGGAUCAGUCCUGCGAAUCGAGCAGACUGACUUGAAGAUGAACGACGUGGAAUUCGAAUGCAUGGCCCAGAACAACUCCUCUGCCCGCCGGAAAGCCAGACUUCGCGUCAUCAGUGAUAAAAAGUGGACCACCGACUACCCCACCAUCAGCGAGCACCCUCAUCUCCAAUCAGUGGAAAAGGACAAAGAUGCCGAACUGAAGUGUGUCUCCUUUGGUGCUCCACCACUGCACACCUCCUGGUACAAGGACAACAUUCCCAUUGAAGAAAGUGGUCGGUACAGGAUUGAAAAGGGAUCAGGAGCACUCAAAAUUUUGAAGUCUCAAGAAUCGGACGAAGGCAAAUACAUGUGCAGCGUCGAGAAUAAAUAUGGAACUGUCAACUCCUUCCCGGCCAUCAUAUACGUUAAAGCCCGAAGAGUUCCGCCAGCCUUUACCCACCCGCCAAAAAAUGUGCUUGUGUCUCCGGGAGAUUCGGUGAACCUGACGUGUGCCGGCUCAGGGACUCCCACACCCACGGUCAGAUGGAUCAGGGAUGAAGAUCAAACACUCUUGGGAAAAGUUGACAACAACAAUCUCAACUACUUGACGGUCGAGAAAGUGUAUAAGUCGGAGAACAUCACUUGCGUCCUCUCCAGCGAUCUUGGAAAUGUUGAACAUGUUGCGGAAAUUCGAAUCAAGGCCCUUCCACCUCCGCCGGAGAACCUGCACGCCUCAGAAAUCAUGGCCAACUCGGUAAAACUGAUGUGGAACAGUGUGCCGAACGCAAUCCUCUACCAUCUCGUAUAUAGACAAAAGAACGCACAGGCUCAAGGUCGUAACAUGAAUGAAUACGUAUGCAAGCAGACAGAAUGUACAGUCACCAAACUGCACCCCUACGCUCAAUACGAAUUCAGAGUGUCAGCCGAGAACAACGUGGGCAAGGGACCUCCUUCCGCUCCUUAUGACGUCAGGACAGGCGAAACAAAUCAAACUUCCAAAAUUACUACUAAACCUCAUUCAAACUGGUCUCUGACCUUCUUCUCUAAUUAA